AUGGGGCAGGCGUGCGGCCACUCCAUCCUCUGCAGGAGCCAGCAGUACCCGGCAGCGCGACCGGCUGAGCCGCGGGGUCAGCAGGUCUUCCUCAAGCCGGACGAGCAGCCGCCGCCGCCGCAGCCAUGCGCCGACAGCCUGCAGGAUGCUUUGCUGAGCCUAGGCUCUGUCAUCGACAUUGCAGGCCUGCAACAGGCUGUCAAGGAGGCCCUUUCAGCUGUGCUCCCCAGAGUGGAGACCGUCUACACCUACCUGCUGGACAGGGAGUCCAGGCUGGUGUGUGAGGACCCUCCACACGAGCUGCUCCAGGAAGGGAAAGUCCGAGAGGCUGUGAUCUCCCGGAAACGGCUGAGCUGCAAUGGAUUGGGCCCCUCGGACCUGCUGGCGAAGCCCUUGGGCAGGCUGGUGGCUCCACUGGCCCCUGACACCCAAGUGCUGGUCAUACCACUGGUGGACAAGGAGGCCGGUGCUGUGGCUGCUGUCAUUUUGGUACACUGUGGCCAGCUGAGUGACAGUGAGGAGUGGAGCCUGCAGGCCGUGGAGAAGCAUACCCUGGUGGCCCUGCGGAGGGUGCAGGCCCUGCAGCAGCGCGGGCCCACUGAGGGCCCCGGCGCAGUCCAGAACCCCCCGGCGGGGGCGGCGGGCGACCAGAAGAGCGGAGUUGCGUACACCGACCAGGACAGCAAGAUUCUGCAACUGUGCGGGGAACUCUACGACCUGGAUGCCUCUUCCCUGCAGCUCAAAGUUCUCCAAUACCUGCAGCAGGAGACCCAGGCAUCCCGGUGCUGCCUCCUGCUGGUGUCCGAGGACAACCUCCAGCUUUCCUGCAAGGUCAUCGGAGAUAAAGUGCUGGAGGAAGAGAUCAGCUUUCCACUGACAAUGGGACGCCUGGGCCAGGUGGUGGAAGACAAGAAGUCCAUCCAGCUGAAGGACCUCACCUCUGAGGAUGUGCAACAGCUGCAAAACGUUCUGGGCUGUGAGCUGCAGGCCAUGCUCUGUGUCCCUGUCAUCAGCCGGGCCACUGACCAGGUGGUGGCUUUGGCCUGCGCCUUCAACAAGCUUGGAGGAGACUUGUUCACGGAACAGGACGAGCACGUGAUACAGCACUGCUUCCACUACACAAGCACGGUGCUCACCAGCACCUUGGCCUUCCAGAAGGAGCAGAAACUCAAGUGUGAGUGCCAGGCUCUUCUCCAAGUGGCAAAGAACCUCUUCACUCACCUGGAUGACGUCUCUGUCCUGCUCCAGGAGAUCAUCACCGAGGCCAGAAACCUCAGCAAUUCAGAGAUCUGCUCCGUGUUCCUGCUGGAUCAGAACGAGUUGGUGGCCAAGGUGUUCGACGGGGGCGUGGUGGAUGAUGAGAGCUACGAGAUCCGCAUCCCGGCGGACCAGGGCAUCGCAGGCCACGUGGCGACUACUGGCCAGAUCCUGAACAUUCCGGACGCGUACGCGCACCCGCUUUUCUACCGCGGCGUGGACGACAGCACCGGCUUCCGCACGCGCAACAUCCUCUGCUUUCCCAUCAAGAAUGAGAACCAGGAGGUCAUUGGCGUGGCUGAACUGGUGAACAAGAUCAAUGGACCAUGGUUCAGCAAGUUCGACGAGGACCUGGCGACGGCCUUCUCCAUCUAUUGCGGCAUCAGCAUCGCCCAUUCCCUCCUGUACAAAAAAGUCAAUGAGGCCCAGUAUCGCAGCCACCUGGCCAACGAGAUGAUGAUGUACCACAUGAAGGUCUCUGACGAUGAGUCCACCAAACUUCUCUAUAACGGGAUCCAGCCUGUGGCUGCCAUUGACUCCAACUUCGCGAGUUUCACCUACACCCCUCGCUCUCUGCCCGAGGAUGACACGUCCAUGGCUAUCCUGAGCAUGCUGCAGGACAUGAAUUUCAUCAAUAACUACAAAAUCGACUGCCCAACACUGGCCCGGUUCUGUUUGAUGGUUAAGAAGGGCUACCGGGACCCCCCCUACCACAACUGGAUGCACGCCUUUUCUGUCUCCCACUUCUGUUACCUACUCUACAAGAACCUGGAGCUCGCAAACUACCUCGAGGACAUCGAGAUCUUCGCCUUGUUUAUUUCCUGCAUGUGUCAUGAUCUGGACCACAGGGGCACCAACAACUCCUUCCAGGUGGCCUCGUGGGGGCUCAGUUCAGGGGGCAGUUCCCCCUUCCCUGCCUGGCCCCCAUCACUCCUUUUCCCCCAGAGGCAUCACUUCGCUCAGGCCAUUGCCAUCCUCAACACCCACGGUUGCAACAUCUUCGACCACUUCUCCCGGAAGGACUAUCAGCGCAUGCUGGACCUGAUGAGGGACAUCAUCUUGGCCACGGACUUGGCACACCACCUCCGUAUCUUCAAGGACCUCCAGAAGAUGGCCGAAGUGGGCUAUGACCGAACCAACAAACAGCACCACAGCCUUCUCCUCUGCCUCCUUAUGACCUCCUGUGACCUCUCUGACCAGACCAAGGGCUGGAAGACCACAAGAAAGAUUGCAGAGCUGAUCUACAAAGAGUUCUUCUCCCAGGGAGAUUUGGAGAAGGCCAUGGGCAACAGGCCAAUGGAGAUGAUGGACCGGGAGAAGGCCUACAUCCCUGAGCUGCAGAUCAGCUUCAUGGAGCACAUCGCGAUGCCCAUUUACAAGCUGCUGCAAGACCUGUUCCCUAAGGCGGCAGAGCUGUAUGAGCGUGUGGCCUCUAACCGUGAGCACUGGACCAAAGUGUCCCACAAGUUCACCAUCCGCGGCCUCCCAAGCAACAAUUCACUGGACUUCCUGGAUGAGGAGUACGAGGUGCCCAAGCUGGAUGGUGCUGGGGCCCCUGUCAAUGGCUGCUGCAGCCUUGAUGCUGAGUGA